AUGACUACUUCUAUUCAUCUCAGCUCAUCCUUCCUCUUCAUCCAAUCCAGCGUAAGAAGAUACAACUCCAUAUCCUCAGUAAACAAUCUCCAAAAACGCACUGUUUUAUCCCUCUCUUCUGCUCUCACCUCACAAGGCGACAAACACAUGACUCCACUAGAGGGAAACGGCAAUGAUCCCAACUCUGCCUUUGACUUUAAGUCAUAUAUGAUUCGUAAGGCUGAAUUCGUAAGUGCCGCUCUCAACGUUUCCGUACCACUUUCGAAACCCCUCACAAUCCAAGAGGCGAUGCGGUACUCUUUGCUAGCGGGUGGAAAACGUGUCAGGCCUCUACUUUGCAUUGCAGCCUGCGAGCUUGUGGGUGGCGAUGAGGCUACUGCCAUGUCAGCCGCUUGCGCGGUCGAGAUGAUCCACACGAGCUCCCUCGUUCAUGAUGACCUUCCCUGCAUGGACAAUGCUGACCUCCGCCGAGGCAAGCUCACCAACCACAAGGUAUUUGGAGAAGACAUGGCUGUUUUGGCGGGUGAUGCACUAUUUGCUUUAGCGUUUGAGCACAUGACGGCCUUGUCAAGUGCGUUGGUUGUUUCCCCUAAGAGGAAGGUCCGUGCGGUUAUUGAGCUGGCAAAGGCCAUAGGGACAAAAGGGCUAGUGGCUGGGCAAGUGAUCGACUUAUGUAGCGAAGGGUUGGAUCCAGACGAUGUGGGAUUGGAGCGUCUAGAGUUCAUCCACCUUCACAAAACAGCCGCUUUGUUGGAGGCAGCAGUGGUUGUAGGAGCCAUAUUGGGAGGUGGAACAGAGGAAGAGAUCGAAAAGCUAAGAAAGUAUGCGAGAUGUAUUGGGCUGUUGUUUCAGGUGGUUGAUGAUAUACUUGACGUAACAAAAUCUACUGAUGAACUGGGUAAGAGCGCCGGAAAUGACGUUAUUGCUGGCAAACUUACAUAUCCGAGGUUGAUUGGUUUGGAGAAAUCGAGGGAACUUGCGCAGAAAUUAAGCAAAGAAGCAGAGGAACAGCUUAUAGGGUUUGAUCCGAAUAAGGCGGUUCCUCUGGUGGCCCUUGCUAGUUACAUUGCUGGAAGACACAACUGAUCAUAAAUGCGCAUCUAAAUGUCCUAACAAGUCCGUUUAGUUAAAUUUCUCUCCUCGUGUUGUUUCUUAUGAACCAAUUAUGGUGUGGUCAUUUGUAUAUGUUUCUUUAAAAAAAAAAUAUGAUUACAUG